GAAUUGUCAACAUAGAAAAAUUCUUGUUCCUUUCCCUAAUUUAGAUAAUAUACCCCUGUUAGUUUAUUAUGACUCUGACUUAGAUAGUUCUAGUAAUGAUGAGUUGUACUUCUACUUGAACUUUGGCACACCAAAAGUUGAGACAGAUAAUUUUAACUCUGACGUGGAUGAGAAAGAAAAAAAGGAAAAUAAAUCCAAUAUUAAAUAUUCUUAUGAUGAAGCAGGAAACACUUAUAUUGAGUAUGAAAAUGCUAAGCCUGUCCUCCGAGGAUAUAUUACAAGUGCCUCUGCCAUAGACUCCCCUAUAAGUGACCUCUUCAAUUAUUAUUAUGAAGAACGACAGGAUCCUUAUCAAAUUGGAAAAGAUAUACCUGAACGUGUGAAUAGUGUCAGAAAAAGAAGCGACCACAAACACGGAAACUCUUAUAUCCUAUUAAAAUCGGUCAGGUCUUUGACUGAGUAG